AUGGGUAAGCCCAUGCUCGAGCAUCUAGCGAACAAGCUGCCCAAAGAGUCCCGUAUAUGGGUUUUUGAUGUUGUCGAGCAAGUCGUGGACGAGGUUUGCGCAGCGUAUCCGGACCGAGUGUUCAAAGGGAAGAGCGCCAAAGACGUGGCGCAACACGUGGACACCAUUCUGACCAUGGUCCCGGAAGGCUCGCACGUCCGCAUCGUAUAUCUUGACCGGAAGAACGGCAUCUGCAGCUCCGACAUCUCAAACAAACUGCUUGUCGACUGUUCGACGAUUGACACAGCAACGAACCUGGAAGUAAAAGAGCACAUUGCCCAGAACUUCCCUUCAGCUUCAUUCUACGACUCACCAGUCAGCGGAGGUGUGGUGGGAGCCAUCAAAGGCACCAUCGCGAUAUUCCUGGGCUGUGCAGAGAUCGACCCAAACUAUGGCAGCUUGACGCAGUUGAUGCAGCUCAUGGGCAGGCAAGUGAUACCCUGCGGUGGCCCAUCCCUCGGACUCGCUGCGAAGCUAUCGAACAACUACCUAUCGGGGAUCAUUGCAAUUGCAUGCUCCGAGGCCUUCGAUAUGGGCAUGCGAUCGGGACUGGAUCCACGGACGCUGGCGAAAGUGUAUGCUGCUGGCACGGCACAAAACACCAUCUGCGACAAGUUCUGUCCUGUGCCACACGUAUACCCGGACGCCCCGUCUUCAGGGGGGUGGAAGCAAGGGUUCAAAGUUCAGCUGAUGCGGAAGGACUUUGGUCUAGCAGUCGAGAUGGCCAGACGUGUUGGAUCGAAGAACGUCUUGGGGGAAGUUGGCUUGGAAACAUACGAUGGCGCUGCGAAUGACCCGCGGUGUAGAGACCUCGAUUCUCGCGUCGUGCAUCGUUACCUGAGCGGUCAAGAGGACUGGCAGUCCAAACAAGACAGCUCUUGA